CUUUCCAUAUGGACUUGAGAAUGAAAGAAAAUGGUGGUGUGUGCAUAGGAUAUAUGUUCUGUUGGGAGAUUCUUCUAUUGCAGUCUGUAGUUCUUCAACUAGUAUUGCAGUGGGAGGAGCUGAUUGUACUGUUACCGUCUACGAUCCUCGCAGGUACCUGGAUCAUAAUCAUUUACUGGGAGCAUCCCGGAUGCAUUCUUAAGCACACUUUCUUGAAAGAAAUGUAUAUUGAAGGAAAUGCUUUCCGGCCAGGUGUGAACCCUAUUGGCGUCCACCAUGUCCUUGAAGUUUCUGACACAGAGUUCUUGUUUUAGUCAAAGCUUCCACAUAUUAUUUU